AUGGCAUCAAUGAGUGAAAAUCAUCUGAAUUUGUUGAAGCGGCUGAAGGAAAUAUCGAAGAUGAUCGAAAUCACCCUGCAACAGAACAACCGGCUGAAGGGCAUCCUGGCCAGUGAACAGUACUUCAGGAAGAAGUGCGAGGCGUCCAUGGAAACGAUCGAUAAUACCACGGAACAGCAGGAGUGCUUUAGGAAGGUGUCCAAAAUUUUCAUCAAAAAACCACGAGAAGAGCUAAGAAACGAACUUAACGAGGAGAUGGCCCAGUACGACAAGCACAGUCCGCACUUGGUGGUAGGAGAAAAAAAAAAAAAAAAAAAAAAAAACUCCAUUCCCAGGCAUGAACGGAAACGUGAUCGUAAAGAUGAGUAUGAGAGCGAGCCCAUGUAG